GAGGCGGAAGUCGCGCCGAUGCGGAGUGCGCGCCGCCUGGCUGGGCGCUGGGCGGGGGGUGGCCCGUGCCCCGCGCUGUGGCUAGUGACCCCGGCCGGCCAAGGAUGAUCACGAACACGCGGGGCUUCCUCUGGUCGGACCUGGAGACGCGGGCGCUGCUGGAGAUCUGGGGCGAGGCGGACGUGCAGUCGGCGCUGGACGGCAACUUUCGCAACAGCCAUGUGUACCGGGACGUGGCCUGCCGCCUGGCCGAGCUGGGCUUCGAGCGCACCCCGGAGCAGUGCCGCAUCCGCAUCAAGGGCCUCAAGCGCCAGUACUACCAGGCCCGGGACGGGCUGAAGAAGAACGGGCACGCCCGCAAGAUCUGCAAGUACUACGACGAGAUGGACCGGAUCCUCAGCUGCCGCGGGGGCCCCGACGGCGCCGCGGAGCCGCUGGCGGCGCCCGCCGACGGCGCGCCGCCCGCCGCGCCGCCCACGCCGGGCACGCCGCGCCGCAGCCGCGAUGCCGACGCCGAGCUGGAUGAGGACGCCGCGCUCGGCUCCCCCCGCGACAACUUCACCGAGGACUCGGGCGAGUGCUCCUCCUACGCCGAGCAGCCCAUCAAGGUGGAGUGCCUGCCCUUCGCCAUCCCCGUGCCGCCCGCCGACGGCUUUAAAGAAAUCAGUGCUCCGACUAUUGCUCCACCUCUCAAUCAGCCCAAAAGAUCAAAAAAACGCCAUGCAAAUUUAACAUUGGAUAAAAUGAUGGAAAAGUUCCUGCAGCAGAGUGUGGAUACAGAAGAGAAAUUUUACAAAUAUGAAGAGCAGAGGCUCAAAAUUGAGGAUAAGCGUCGUGAAGCUGAGCAUGCUCGAGAGCUCCAGAUGUUACAAAUGUUGGGACAGAUGUUGGCAGGAAUUUCUUCUACAGUAUCACAGAGGUCACAAUCUAUACCAGCAAGUCCACCUCAGAGAGCAAACCAUCGUUCAUAUGGGGAUAACUUUAAUUAUAAUGCUAUGGCAGCAGCACUUUCUCCACCGAUAGUUAUAGAGAGAUCUUUUUCACUGCACAAAACACACACUCUAAAGGAUAUGGAGAAUAUUUUUCAGUUGGUGCGCAACGUUAUCCCUCCUCUAACAGGAAAAAGGCAUAAAGGUCAAGAUGGACGCAUAGGCAUUGUUGGAGGAUGUCAAGAAUACACAGGAGCACCGUAUUUUGCUGCAAUUACAGCUCUCAAAGUGGGUGCAGAUUUAUCCCACGUUUUUUGUACCAAAGACGCAGCAACUGUAAUUAAAUCAUAUAGUCCAGAGCUGAUUGUUCAUCCAGUUCUUGAUAGUCCCAAUGCUGUCCAUGAGGUGGAAAAAUGGUUACCACGACUGCACUCAGUUGUCAUAGGACCCGGCUUAGGUAGAAAUGAUACUCUGCUUGAGCAUGCUAAGGGUAUUAUAGAAAAAUCAAAGAUCAAAGGAAUUCCAAUCAUAAUUGAUGCUGAUGGACUGUGGCUCAUUUCCCAGCAGCCUUCUCUUAUUCAAGGCUACCAGAGAGCUAUUCUUACUCCAAACUAUAUGGAGUUUAGUAGACUAUAUGAAGCCAUGCUUAGAGACCCCGUAGACAGUAGUGACCAUCAUGGAUGUGUAUUAAGACUCAGCCAAGCCAUGGGGAAUUUGACAGUUGUUCAAAAGGGAGAACGAGAUCUAAUUUCAGAUGGAGAGAAAGUACUUGUAUGCAGUCACGAAGGAAGCAGCCGGAGAUGUGGUGGACAGGGGGACCUCCUUUCAGGUUCUCUUGGAGUCUUAGCACACUGGGCAUUUCUUGCUGGAGCAGAAAAAACAAAUGGUCAAAAUCCGUUUCUAGUGGCUGCAUUUGGAGCUUGCUCUCUUACAAGGCAAUGUAACAACCAAGCCUUUCAAAAAUUUGGACGUUCAAUGACUGCCUCUGAUAUGGUUUCAGAAGUUGGAACAGCUUUUAACAAACUUUUUGAAACCUGAAGCCAAAGCAGCAGACACGAAGAAAAGGAAGAACAAUGACUGCAAGAAUAAUUACAUUUACAGUAGAAUUUACAUAAGUAAUGCACCCUUUCAAGUGCUGUAGCAGCAUUGGUAUGCUAGGUAAUUUUUUUUUUUAUUUUUAAGAAUAGAAAAAUAUGAUUAAUGUAGAUAUUUUUUAAGAGUUUGGAAUACAAAAAUGUUUUGGCUGAAAUAAGCUGUAGUUGCAGAUCUGUUCUAAUAUAAUAAAACUAAACUGAAAGUAUUCCUUUGUUCUUUUUCAUAGUUAUUGAGCAAUAACUAAAGUGUGAACUGCAAAAAAUGCACUUGAUAUUUAGAUGAAAGUAAAACUUCCACCAGCUCAGUUCAAUUUCUUUGCUCACACCAAGGUUGCAUUGAUUCCAUUCUUAGACUGUGUCUAGAAUUAGCUAUUGCACUUCAUUUUUCAUCAUGCUAAUAUAGUCAAUUAAAAAAAAAAAGCCUCUUUAGAAAGGGAAUGCAUGAGAAUUGCUUUAGAUUUUGAAUAUAAUUAGUUGCCUUUGUCCAUUCCCAGUCCCAGAGGCAGCAUUCAUUUUGACAAUACAUCCCCUCCUGCAAUAUGGAUUGACUUUUUUUUUUUUUUUUUUGAAAAAAAAUCCCCACUGCAGAAUAAGGAUGUACUAUAGGUAUAUUAGCAUUAAACAAUAAUUGUUCUUAUCUGAGAAAGUUUUACUUAAUAUUUUUUCAGCUGCUCUCAACUCAUUUAGAACUGAAUAUGAUAAACUCUGUGAAAUUAUCUUUUGCAAAAGUUGGUACUAGGUAUGGUGAGAAACUUAGUGCUGCUAUAGUGCAAAUUGCCUGCUGAACUAGAGCUCUGAGACCAUCGGUGCACAUGUGUAUAUGUGGCUCUUUGUCAACCGGCAGAAAAAAUUAAUUGUACAAACAAAAGCAGACAGCCACACCUAUUUAUUUGUACAGUCUUGGUGUACAUAGGCAAUCAUAUACUGCAAGCUGAAGGUAGGACUAGAAAAACAGUGGAAGGGGGCUUGAGCUCUUGAGUUUCAGCAACUGAGUUUAUAGGCUUUUUGCUCUCAUCAAUAUCAGCACAGCGACAGCACUUAUUUCUAAUGUAAUGGCCAUGUCUGGCUCAUUGGCAGAGCUGAUGACUGUUGCAAAGAGAAAGUUCCGUGGGAUUUUUGCACAACAUCAUUUCUUAAAAUUUUUUGGCAAUUCAGUCUAAGAUUAUAGGGAUUGAACCAAUAUGGAGAGAGGGGCACAUUCAUUCAAAGUACGCUUACAAAAAACAUCAAUAAGGUUAGAAAGUGGAUUAGUACAGGAACAGGCAUAUGAAGUGUCUAGUUAUUAAAAUAAUGUUAUGUAUUCAUUUCAAACACUCUUUCAGUGAUCUAAUACUAGAUUGGAAUAUGGUGUCAUGCAUACUGGUCAGAUUGUGUUUUCACACCUUGCAAUAGCUUGUCACAAAAAACACCUGAAAUUAUAAAGGCUGCUCUGAAUAUUUCCCUCCUGCCCUUGUAAUUAAUACUUCUGGAUGCACUGUGACUACUACCUCACCCCAAUACAUUUUUGUUUUUCUUUUAAAACCAGCUACCUAUUUUUAAAAUAGGUUUUUAAAUAUUUGCUCAUUUUGAUCUAUGAGGGUUCACAAACGAGCAACUGUCUACUCAUAAGAGCUGGAUUUUCAGUGUUUAAUUUAAGCAGUUUUGUAAACUGUCUAACAUCCUUGGGGAAGAUACGCUACUGUUGUUUCUGCCACUGAAACUCUUUGAGAAGCCUGAAUCCUUCUAAAUAAAAUUAUAAAAUUAAAACUGAUUUUAAAACUGCUACUGCAUUUCUUUAUAAAAAUGAACAUUUUGGUAUUUGGAACAUCAAUGGUUUUAUUUCAAAAUUGCAUUUGUAGGCAAAGCCAAAUCAAUUAACUGCAAUCAGUACAGAUUUCAAUCUGUGGUGUUGGUUUUAAAUCUACCUAAAAGUUGUAACUUUGUUAUUCACCAAUGUAAACAAACUGUUACAAUUUAAUUUUACAACAUUCUGGAAAUGUAGCAAUUUCUUUCCAUAGGAAAUAAAAAUAUAGCAAAUAAACUGUGGUGCAUACUGUG